AGCAACUUCAGCGGUAGCCAGCGGGCCAUUUUCAAGCAGGCCAUGCGUCACUGGGAGAAACACACUUGUGUGACAUUCAUUGAAAGAAGCACAGAAGAGAGCUACAUUGUCUUUACUAUCCGGCCAUGUGGGUAAGUUCACGUCCUGCCUGUCUCUGAGGAGAGGCAUCUGUUGCUCACCAAUAAUGUCCCUCCACACAUAUUGAUUAUUCCAGUUUCUCCGUCAGUCCCUGAUGCACAGAAACGCACCUCCCUGCCAGCAUUCAAAAGCUCCAAUCUUUUCAGCAGUUUUCUUUAUUUGGCUUUCUAUAGGCAUGGACUGCACAAACAAGUUUUCUUCUUGAGCAAAUCUGGCUCCCUGUAGAGAGUGCUACGGUGUGGUUUGUGUCUUUUUCUGGGUGAUGCUCUUUUUUUCUGAUGGUGCUCUUUCUGAUUUUAUUGCACCUUUUAUUAAGUCACUGUGAAUUGCCAUUUACAACACAUUUUGCAGGAUAUUCAACGAGACUUGAAUUGACUAGACACUAAUGCAUCCACAACUAAUGUGAAUUUGUGAAAUCAGUGUUUAGGUUUUAGGCUAUUGGUUAACAUUAUUUAGUUGUACAGUAAUUUUGUGAAACAUUAUUGCAAUUAAAAAAAAAAAAAAAGCUAUUUUCUAUUUGAACUUAUUUUAAUUUGUAAUUUAUUCCUGUGAUUAAAGCUGAAUUUUCAGCACCAUUACUCCAGUCUUCAGUGUCACAUGAUACUUUUAAUAUGCUGAUUUGCUCAUGAAAAUUUUUUAAUAUUAUCAAUGUGGAAAACAGUUGUGCUGCUUACUGUGAUUCAUUUUUUCAGGAUUCUUACAUGGAAAAGAAGCAUAAAAACAGCAUUUAUUAGAAAUAUAAUCUUCUGUAUCUUUGUCAAUCUUUUGCAUUAUAAAUUUCUUUCCUGUUAAUCUUGAUCAAUUGAAUGUAUUUUUCAUUCAUUUGAGCACCUAACAACCACUCAGAGCAUCUUAGCAACCACAUAGCAACAACCUGGCAACCAUCCACAGCUCAUUUUGCAUGUGCUGCUCAUUUGUGGGACGGAGAGGUGGAGGUCCCCAGGCUAUAUCUAUCGGGAAGAACUGUGACAAGUUUGGCAUCGUGGUGCAUGAACUCGGGCAUGUCAUUGGAUUCUGGCAUGAGCACACACGACCCGACCGGGACGAGCAUGUUGAUAUAUUUAGAGAAAACAUCCAGCCAGGUCAGGAGUAUAAUUUCAUAAAGAUGGAGCCAGAUGAUGUGGAUUCGCUUGGAGAGGUUUACGACUUUGAAAGUAUUAUGCAUUACGCCAGAAACACCUUUUCCAGGGGCAUCUAUCUUGAUACCAUGCUUCCAAAGUAUGAAGUUGAUGGAGUCCGACCUCCCAUCGGGCAGCGGACGAGACUGAGCAAAGGGGACAUCGCUCAAGCUAGAAAAUUAUAUAAGUGUCCAAGAUGUGGCGAGAGCCUUCAGGACAGCACUGGAAACUUCUCCUCCCCUGGAUUCCCCAAUGGAUAUGCUGCAUAUCUUCACUGUAUAUGGAGGAUAUCGGUCACACCUGGGGAGAAGAUCAUUCUUAAUUUUACUUCAAUGGAUCUGUACAGAAGUCACUUGUGCUGGUACGACCAUGUGGAGAUCCGUGAUGGAUACUGGAGAAAUGCUCCUUUGAAAGGCCGUUUUUGUGGAGACCAGCUACCUGAGGCCAUCGUGUCCACUGACAGUCGACUGUGGAUUGAAUUCAGCAGCAGCAGUAAUUGGGUGGGGAAAGGCUUCUCUGCUGUCUAUGAAGCUAUUUGUGGAGGUGAAGUGAGACGAGACAGUGGGCAGAUCGAGUCACCCAAUUACCCUGAUGAUUAUCGGCCUAAUAAAGUGUGCACAUGGAAGAUCAUCGUACCCCAGGGGUUUCAUGUGGGCCUCGUCUUCCAGUCGUUUGAGAUUGAGAAACAUGACAACUGUGCGUAUGACUACCUGGAACUGCGAGAUGGCGAUUCCGAGAACAGCCCCCUACUGGGCAGCUUCUGCGGCUACGAAAAGCCAGACGAUAUCAAGAGCAGCUCCAACCAGCUGUGGAUGAAGUUUGUAUCUGACGGUUCUGUGAACAAAGCUGGGUUUUCUGCUAAUUUCUUUAAAGAGAUUGACGAAUGCUCUAGGCCUGAUAACGGUCACUGUGAGCAGCGCUGCAUCAACACCCUGGGCAGCUACCACUGCGCCUGCGACCCUGGAUACGAGCUUUCUGUGGACCGCCGCAGCUGCGCAGCAGCUGCCUGUGGUGGAUUCAUCUCCAAACUCAAUGGCUCCUUCACUAGUCCAGGAUGGCCGCAGGAAUACCCACCCAACAAGAACUGUGUGUGGCAGCUCAUUGCCCCGGUGCAGUACCGCAUUACUCUGCUUUUUGAUGCUUUUGAGAUCGAAGGGAACGAUGUUUGUAAAUAUGAUUACGUUGAGGUACACAGCGGCCUGUCCACAGAUGCAAAGCUUCAUGGGAAAUUCUGUGGCACAGAGAAACCAGAGGCGAUCACGUCCCAACUCAACAGUAUGCGUGUUGAGUUCAAAUCAGACAACACUGUGUCCAAGAGAGGCUUCAAAGCUCAGUUCUUUUCUGAUAUGGAUGAGUGUUCUAGGGAGAAUGGAGGUUGCCAGCAUGAGUGUGUGAACGCGUUUGGGAGCUACAGCUGUCAGUGUCGCAGUGGCUUUGUGUUGCACAGCAAUAAACAUGACUGCAAAGAAGUGGGCUGUGAUCAGGCCAUUACCAGUGUUUCUGGUAUCAUCACAAGUCCAAACUGGCCAGAUAAAUACCCCAGCAAGAAGGCCUGUACAUGGACCCUAUCCACCACCCCAGGCCACCGCAUUAAACUGGCUUUUGAGGAGAUUGACAUGGAGGCUCACGAAGAGUGUGCUUAUGACCACUUGGAGAUAUAUGAUGGCCCAAAUGGCAGAGCAACCAGUUUUGGUCGCUUUUGUGGGAGUAAAAAGCCAGCACCUGUCAUUUCCAGUGGCAAUAGCAUGUUCCUGCGGUUCUUCUCGGAUAACUCGGUACAGAAGAGGGGUUUUAAGGCCUCUCAUUCAGCAGAGUGUGGGGGUAGUCUGAAGGCGGAGAUAAAGACCAAGGAUCUGUAUUCCCACGCACAAUUUGGUGACAACAACUAUCCCGGAGCUUCAGACUGCCAGUGGGUGAUCUCAGCUGAGAAGGGCUACGGGGUGGAGCUCAUCUUCCACACCUUUGAGACAGAGGAGGAAGCUGACUGCGGCUAUGACUAUGUAGAGCUGUUUGAUGGCGCUGAUGCCAAAGCACCCAGGCUGGGACGUUACUGUGGGUCUGGGCCGCCAGAGGAGAUCUACUCUGCUGGUGAUGCCAUUGUCAUUAAAUUUCACUCAGAUGACACCAUCAACAAGAAAGGUUUCCAUGUUCGUUACACAAGCACCAAGUUCCAGGACACCUUGCAUACUAGUAAAUGAGCUCUUCAUGACAGAAGAGCUCUGGAGAACAUAGCAGCCAGGGGCCUCUAAUACCUCCUGCACACCUGUGUUAGUGAUGCCACCCGAGGCCCCAUGUUCCCUCCCCUCCAGACUGCAAAGAAGAAGACAAAAUGCUGGGAGGACAAGCUUGAUGUAGGGAUAUGGCAACAUAAUUCGUCCUGUCGUACUUCAAAGGAUCCAUUGAAAACUCUGUAGGAAAUGGAACAGCUGAGUGGCAGAUAUGAAGAGCUUUGUUGACUGCAAGUCAAGGAGGAAGGAUAAAUUUGAUUCAACAUGUCCCUGAUGCACUUUUGUGUCCUAGAGAUCUCUUCAGUUACUCAGGCUAGAAUCUAAAAGACUUUUAGAUGAUUCUUUUAUUAUAAAAUGAAAUAAUGAAAUGCACAAAUCAUAAUUCUUUAUUGCCACACAUCUAGUUGGUGGUAAAUGAGUUUGGAAAUAUAUAAAAUAUCAUUCAAUGAUAAUUACAAGGAUUAUAUCUUUUGUAAAAAGCAAUUCUAGCACUAUUUCUUAUAUGAGAGUUGUACAUGAUUAUUCAGACUACUAGACUUAAAUUAUAUGACAUUAAAUUGUCCACCUGAAGCAAUGAGCUGCAAGACAAAAAAUGUUAAUGCAACUAAUAAACAUAUGA